GCCAAUGAAUGAGGAGAGGGGAAGCUCCGGUCCCCGGAAGAGCGGCUUGAGAGGGGAGGCGCCAAGCACGCAGGCGAACCGACCGAGGGGCUGCAAAUACGAAGGUAACACGGUGGCGUCGUCUUGGUUUACGUCCAGCCUCGACCCUGAUCUAGACUAGCUAAGACCUAUCGAUGGUCUUGACUUCAAAUACGCCAGCAAAGCCGUCCCUGUGUGUUUGCAUACCACCAGCAAUCAGGAAAGAUCUUCCCGUUCGUGUCGUGGAGGACCGCGGGAAGGCAGGGGGAGACAACACUGAGGAUCCCAACACGACGACUCAGUGAGGACUGAAAAAUGAACCCCUUCUAGCUUAGAACAGAGUUUAACGGGUGAAUCGCCGGCUCUUUGAUCCCAAAGCCCAUUCGGUUCUCGCUUCGAUUUCUGUGCCCACCGGAUGCUAAGGCUCUGAAUGGAUCCGGAAGAUGCACGAAUCACUGCAGUGAUUUUAUGCUUUCCGAACGGUUUUUUGUUUUUUUGUUUACCCCUGCAGCGAGUUACCCCCCACGCCAGUUUGUGUUCAAAAGGUGAGACUGCAUUCAUGGGCACGAUGAGUUCACAAUAAGCUACAGACUGCAGCACCUCGCACGAUCUCGCCUCUUCUGCAGCACCCAUCAUCCUCAUCACGCAUCAGCACCCGUGCUGUGCAGCACCACAGACAGCGACCAUGACACGCUUGCGCAAGAAGGCGUUUAUCGCUCUUUUUCUGUUCACUCUUUUCAUAUUCGGGACCAUGAUGGGCCUGAGGACGCUGAAGCCGAGCGACGGCUUCUCGGACCUGGCUCCGGGGAUCGAGUUCGCGGGGGAGAGGCCGGAGCGGAGGCGUCAGGAUGGCAAAGACCUGGUGGUGUCGCCCGUCCAUUCGGACACGGGCAUCGGCGACACGAAAGUGGUGUUCACCAAGUCCGACCACGACCACAGCAUCUUCUACGACGUGCACAUCUUCUAUUACCUCUGGUACGGCUCCCCAACCAUGGACAGCAAGUACAUCCACUGGGACCACGUGUUGGUGCCCCACUGGGACCCCAAGAUCGCCGCCAGCCACGCUCAGGGCCGACACGUACCUCCCGAGGACAUUGCCUCCAGUUUCUACCCGGAGCUGGGACCGUACAGCUCCAGGGACCCCCACGUGCUAGAGUCCCACAUGUCCCAGAUAGAGGCCUCGGCUGCAGGGGUGCUGGUACUGUCGUGGUACCCUCCCGGAGUGGCGGACAACCACGGGGAGCCCACCGAGGACCUGGUUCCCGCGGUGAUGGACGCGGCGCAGCGACACAGCAUCAAGGUGGCGUUUCACAUUCAGCCGUACAAGGGACGGACGGACCAGAGCGUGCACAACAACAUCAAGUACAUCAUUGACAAGUACGGGGCACACGGAGCCUUCUACCGCUUCCGGUCGACCACGGGCCAGGUGCUGCCCCUCUUCUACGUGUACGACUCCUACCUGACGCCGUCCGAGGCCUGGGCGGAGCUCCUCACCGCCAAGGGCUCGCACAGCCUCCGCGGCACGCCCUACGACGGCGUCUUCGUGGCGCUGGUGGUGGAGGAGCGCCACAAGAACGAGAUCCUCAACGGCGGCUUCGACGGCAUGUACACCUACUUCGCCUCCAACGGCUUCUCCUUCGGCUCCUCGCACCAGAACUGGCGCGCCAUCAAGACCUUCUGCGACGGCAACAACCUGCUGUUCGUGCCCAGCGUGGGGCCCGGCUACGCCGACACGGCAGUGCGGCCCUGGAACAACCACAACACGCGCAACCGCGUCAACGGGCGCUACUACGAGACGUCGCUGCAGGCGGCUCUCACGGUGCGGCCAGACAUCGUCACCAUCACCUCCUUCAACCAGUGGCACGAGGGCACGCAGAUAGAGCGCGCCGUGCCCAGGAAGACGGUGACCCGCCUGUACCUGGACUACCAGCCCAGCAAGCCCGACAUCUACCUGGAGCUGACGCGCCGCUGGGCACAGCAGUUUGACAAGGAGAAGGGCAAGUGGCUGAUGUGAAACCGCCGCCGCGAUACGACCACCACACCCCACCCGACCACGCCCCCACCACGGCCCCGCCGAGCCCCACCCACCCUGCCGCAGCGACGGUGUUCUGACCUUCUGGGCCGGCCUCUCAGGAUGAGCUGUGCACAGGUCGUGUUGCAGGUUGCGGUACAUAGGCCACAUUUGCCAGUUGGCGCAAACAAUUAUUCUGCAGUGAACUCUGUUGCACAUUCGGGUGUUUGCGAGAUUAGUCUGCUCUUGUUUUGAUCAAAUGUAUGCAGCCAGUUGAAAAUAAUGAACUGUAAUAGAGGCGCAUUCUCAUUUACUCCCUUGGGAGAUUGAGUUCUGCUUGAUUUAACCACAUUAUAUAGAUGUACAGCAGCAGGUUUUGACUUCAUCAUUGGCAAGUUGAGCUUGAAGGGUGAAACAGGGGGACUUAUCUUGCAGCCCCAGAAAUGUGCCACUGUUGGCUGAUUCUGAGUGAGUGACCCAGUUUGUCGGAACACAAUGGAAAUUCUCUGUUAUCACCUCUCUGUCGCUGUCCCUGAAUGUUUAAUACCCUCUUUCUUCUUAAACAACCACAACUACUUUUUUUGUACAGGAUUUCCAUGACAGAGUGGCUAAAGCUACAAGCUCACGUUGAUUGACAUGUAUGCCAUGUUCAGUUGUCCUACGACCCUGAGGUUGGCUGGGAGUUUGUGAGAACCAAUAAGUUGUCUUUGUGGCGAUGUAGCCUAACUAUGCUACAUAUAGGUGUAUUUUCUUAAUAUGAAAGAUCUUUUUUUUCCUCCCUGUAUUUCUUUAUAAACAAAUAAAAAAACGAACUCCAAUGUG